AUGAUUGGUGCACCAAUCAAUAUUCACAAAUGGGUAAAGGAAAAUGAACAUCUUCUUCAGCCUCCGGUUAACAACUUUUGUCUUCAUAGAGGCGGCUUUACCGUGAUGAUUGUCGGAGGCCCUAACGAGCGAACCGAUUUCCAUGUCAAUCAAACCCCAGAAUGGUUCUACAUGUACAAAGGCCAUAUGUGUUUAAGGGUCGUGGAAAAUGAUCCGGGAUAUUUGCAAUCUAAAAUGAUUGAUAUUACCGAAGUUGAAAAUCCGGAGAUCCCAGUUUUCAGAGACGUCAUAAUCGAAGAAGGCGAUUCCUUCUUAUUGCCUGCCAGAGUGCCUCAUAAUCCAAUCAGGUUUUCCAACACCAUUGGUAUUGUUUUGGAACAAGAUAGACCAGACAGCAUGGAUGAUCAAAUCAGAUGGUAUUGCUCAAAUUGUAAAAAAGUGAUCCACAAUAAAGUAUUCCAUCUUACUGAUUUGGGUAAAGAUAUAAAGAGUGGGAUCUUGGAGUUUGACAAUGACAAGCAGAAAAGAACUUGCUCUGCUUGCGGUACUUCCAACUAUAGUAAGCCACAAAAUUAA